AUGAUCCUCGGAGUUGGCAUUGAUAUCGUGCAUCUGCCUCGAAUUGCAUCUUUGGUUGCUCGAAGAGGGUCUGAACGGCUUGCGCAACGUAUCCUUAGUCCUAGAGAACUGCCGCAUUGGCGGUUAGAAAGCAAGGAUGCUGUUCGAUAUCUUGCCGUAAGAUUCAGCGUGAAGGAGGCAGCAUAUAAGGCAUUGUAUCCUGUUCGUCCCACAUGGAAGGAGCUAUCAUACCUCAGCUUCGGAAAUCCUGUCCCUGACUGUAAACCAUCGCUAUUGUACGAGCCCGCCAGUCCUUCAACAAAUGACCAAAUUGGAAAAUUACACGUCUCCGUCAGUCAUGACGGCGAAUACGUUGUGUCUACUGUCAUCGCCGAGGCACCACGAUAA